AUGCUCAAGACACCAUAUCGUGCCCUGUCGGGGUGUUUGAGAAGACUUCCAUCACAAUGUGUGGUGGGGCGGACAGUGAACCGCGCACUUCCAACCGCACGGCGUUUCAGCAAUGGUAAAUCUGAGCACAAUGGUAAAAGUCGGACACAGGAAAAGCGAAAGAGACCAAUGUUUCUUGCCUCGGCAUUAUCUGCAACUGCAACGACGAUUGGAGGAACAUUGCUAUAUACCGUAGUAAGCCACGAGAAGCAGAAGGACGAUGAGCCCCAUUAUGCAAGCCGAGCAGGGAUGGAAUCGGUAAGCAAGCAUUCACAAUGGGUUCCACCAAAUAAAUCUAAUCGAGAGAAUCAGGCAGUUGAAGAGAUAAGAAAAGCACUUGGAGAAGAUGCUGUAAGCAUAGAAGAUGAAAUACUUCAUUCUCACGGUUAUUCGGAUUGGUCGACGAUAAACAUCGAGCGGCUACCAGUUGCCGUCGCGUUCCCCAAGACGACGGAGGAGGUUGCUGCAAUUGCAAAGAUAUGUCACAAAAGACGCGUACCGAUGAUUCCAUAUUCUGGAGGUUCGAGUGUUGAAGGCCACUUCUCAGCACCUUUUGGUGGCGUGAGUGUUGAUUUUGUCAAUAUGAACCAGAUCUUGGAGAUGCACAGUGACGACCUCAACGUGGUUGUUCAGCCAUCUGUGCCGUGGAUGGAUCUAAACGAGAAGAUUAAAGACACUGGUCUUUUCUUCCCCAUAGACCCAGGCCCUUCUGCUCAGAUUGGCGGCAUGGUUGGAACGAACUGCAGUGGGACGAAUGCUGUCAAGUACGGUACCAUGAGAGACUGGGUAGUCAAUCUCACAGUAGUACUAAGCGACGGCACAAUCCUCAAGACCCGGCGACGACCGAGAAAGUCAUCAGCAGGCUAUAACCUGAACUCACUAUUCGUAGGAUCUGAAGGCACCUUGGGUUUCGUCACCGAAGCUACGCUGAAGCUAGCUCCCAUCCCUGAACACACAGGUAUCGCGGUAGUCACAUUUCCAUCAGUCAAAGCUGCAGCAACCAUGGCCAUUGAAGUCAUCCGUCGAGGGAUACCGAUCAGUGCUGUUGAGAUCCUGGAUGAAGUACUUAUGAGCGUUAUCAACAGAAUGGGCGCAACAUCUCGGAAGUGGAAGGAAGAGCCGACGCUGUUCUUCAAGUUCAGCGGUAGUGAUGCUGUUGUCAAGGAUAGCAUUAUACAAGUUCAGACUAUAUCGAAGAAGCAUCAUGCAAAUGGCUUCCAAUACGAAAGUGAUCCAGAGAAACAGAAGGCUCUGUGGUCAGCUCGGAAAGAGGCGCUGUGGAGUAUGAUGGCAUUGCGUGAGACAGAUGGACAUGUUUGGUCCACGGAUGUCGCUGUUCCUCUAUCCCGAGUUUCCGAGCUUAUAGACACAUCCAAGAAAGAACUUGUCGAGCUAGGAUUAUUUGGUAGUAUUCUUGGACACAUCGGCGACGGCAACUUCCACGAGACUAUCCUAUUCGAGGAAAAGCAGCGCAAAGAAGUAGAAGACUGUGUUCACAAAAUGGUGUCACGGGCGAUUGAGAUGGAGGGAACAUGCACGGGUGAGCAUGGUGUCGGGCUUGGAAAGAAGGAGUUUCUUCGGGAGGAGGUUGGAGAGGUACCGAUCCAAGUCAUGAGAGCUAUCAAGACGAGUCUGGAUCCGCUGUGGUUGAUGAACCCGGGAAAGAUAUUCGAUCGCAGAGAUUAG